AUCUGCCAUACCACCAGUCCACCACCACCGUCCACCACUGAGAAAGAUAAUUUGAAACAAAACCAAAAGCCCACCCUAAAACCCUUUCUUUCAUGUUGUUUGCUCCGAUGUAGUGCUCAAUCAUGGCUCUUUUGCCCACUCAUCAAUUCUACCCAAGAGCAACAAGGCUGCAGUUUCUCAGGUACAGUUCUUCAGGCCCUUUCAAGAAACAAUCUUUAUGCGAAACAAAUUCUAAAAUUCUCAAUCCAGAGAGUAGUUCAGGGAAGGCCCAUCACAAAAAAUCAAAUUUUGUUCCGAGAAACAAUGCUAGGAGGUGGGGAUUUCAACAGUCAGACAAUGAUUGUUCUUGGUUAGAAAAAUGGAACGAGUCUUAUAAGCAUAAUAAGUUGAAAAGACCUCAAAUUGUGUUGAAUUAUAGAAAUAGUGGGGAAUUUUCUGGUUCGGAUGGAGAAGAUAGUGAUGGUGGCAGCACAAUGGAGAAGAUUGUUCUUAAACUGAAGAAAAUUGGGUACACUGAUAUUGUCAGUGACAAGGAUAAGGAAGUGGAGAGAGUAAUUGAGAAAGGUUCUGUUGAGGACAUAUUUCAUGUUGAAGAGGGUAUGUUGCCAAAUUCAAGAGGUGGGUUUUCUGAGAAACAUCCUCUGGGUGAUGAGAGUGUCUUUUAUGUUGAUGGAGAGAUUAGGUUUCCAUGGGAGCAGUCAAUGAAAGAGGAAGAGAGAUAUUCGGCGAGGCCAAAGAGUAGAAUUCAUUUGGCUCAGGUAACUCUACCCGCACCAGAGUUAAAAAGGCUGAUAAAUUUGGCUCUUCAGAUAAAGACCAAGACGAGAAUUACUGGGGCAGGUGUUAACCAACAGGUUGUGGAAACUAUUCACGAGAAAUGGAAAUCGACUGAGGUGGUGAGGUUGAAAAUAGAAGGUAAUUCCGCACUUAAUAUGAAGAGGGUGCAUGAAAUUCUAGAGAGGAAAACUGGUGGGUUGGUGAUUUGGAGGUCCGGCACUUCUGUGGCUCUUUAUAGAGGCGUUAGUUAUGAAUCUCCUGAAAAACAAAAAAAGCGAAUGUUUAGCAAAAAUGAGAUUCCUGAUAAUUCAUCUCUAAGGGUUGAUAAAAAGUUUAUUAAGAACCCUUUGGAAGGUGCUCUUGACAACUUGAGUACACCAGAUGAGAGUAAAGAUAUCGAGGGACAAGUGGAUGUGAAAUAUGAUGAUGAAGUGGACAGGCUGUUGGAGGGGCUUGGUCCUAGAUAUUUGGAUUGGCAUGGAGAUGGCCCAUUGCCAGUAGAUGGAGAUCUUCUCCCUGGUAUAAUCCCAGGUUAUGAACCUCCUUUUAGGGUGCUUCCUUAUGGGGUUAGAUCUACACUUGGAAAUACAGAGGCAACGGCUUUACGAAGACUGGCAAGAACUUUACCACCACAUUUUGCUAUCGGUAGAAGCAGGCAGCAUCAAGGUCUGGCAUCAGCUAUGAUUAAGUUAUGGGAAAGAUGUUCUGUUGCAAAGGUGGCUCUAAAGCAUGGCGUGCAACUUACUACAAGUGAGAGAAUGGCAGAUCAUAUUAAGAAAUUGACUGGGGGCAUUCUGCUCUCUAGAAACAAGGACUUUAUGGUGUUCUAUAGAGGAAAAGAUUUUUUAUCACGAGAAGUUGCUGAAGCUCUGUUGGAGAAGGAGAGGAUUGCAAAGGCAUUGCAAGAUGAGGAAGAGAAAGCGCGACUACGCGCCUCUGUUUUGGUCACUCCAAAUGUCCAUGCAGUGGAUUCUUUGGGAACGGCUGGCACACUUGGAGAAACUUUGGAUGCAAAUGCUAAAUGGGGUAAAACGCUGGACGGGAAUGACAAGGAAAUUGUGAUGAAGGAAGCUGAAAUGUUAAUGCAUGCUAACCUUGUGAGGAAGCUUGAAAGGAACCUUGCCUUUGCUGAAAGGAAAGUUGAAAGAGCCGAAUGGGCAUUAUCCAAGGUGGAAGAGAAUUUGAAGCCAUUAGAGCAGUCAGCAGAUCGUUAUGGCAUAACGGAUGAGGAGAGAUUCAUGUUUAGAAAACUGGGAUCAAGGAUGAAAGCUUUCUUACUUCUAGGGAGGCGUGGGGUUUUCAGUGGCACUGUGGAGAACAUGCACCUGCAUUGGAAAUACAGAGAGUUGGUUAAGAUCAUUGUGAAAGCUAAGAGCAUUGAACAAGUGAAAAGUAUUGCCCUAGCCCUAGAGGCAGAGAGUGGCGGCGUAUUGGUUUCAGUGGACAAAGUAUCAAAGGGGUAUUCCAUAAUUGUGUUUCGAGGCAAGGGCUAUCAACGACCUUCUACCAUUCGCCCUAAAAAUCUUUUAACAAAGAGGAAAGCCUUGGCACGUUCUGUUGAACUUCAGAGGCGUGAGGCUGUCCUGAAACACAUUGAAGCUGUUAAAAAAAGAGUGGAACGGCUGAAGACCGAAAUUGAAGAAAUGAAUAGUGUUAAAGAUGAUGGAGAUGUGGAACUAUAUGAGAAACUAGAAUCAGUUUAUCCUACUGAUGACGAAGAGAGUGAGGAAGAAGCGGGCGUGGAAGGAUAUUAUAGUGCUGAUGAACUUGUAGAUGGGAGUGAGAGUUUGGGCUAUUCUGAAACCAACUUUAAAGAUGAUGAUGACGACGACCAUGAUGGUGACAAUGAUGAUAGCGAAGAUGAAACAGAUCAAGAACUAGUAGAAUAAGAGUAGGGUUUUCUUUUUUUUGCUUCAUAUUUCUACAUGAGAAAAUAGAUACAACAACCAAGAUGGAGUCACAUUACAUGAGAAUAUAGAUGGAGUGUAGUAUUUACCUGCAUGUGGGUACUUAAUGGGAGGUUAAUUAAUCUUCAUUAAUGCUCAAUGUUGUUGGAUAAAUACUACAUUAUAUUUUGUGUAUAGGGGAAAAUCUAUCUAUAUACUACUCCCUCCAUCCCAAAUUAAAUCGCAUUCUAUCUUUGAACGUAACUUUGUUUCAUCUGUCUUGAAGCGUCACCCUGAUUCGAGUGAUUCUAUCUUCAUACAAAUCAUAAUUUUGCAAGUUUUUAUCACCAUUAUUAUAAAUUUUGCAGGGACGGUAAAGAUAGCACAUGAGAUGACUCAGGGAUAAGUUGACAUA